AUGACUGCCUCUAAAGAUCUCGAGAACGCUGUCGUAACUGAGAAUCCGGUUAAAAAGCCUCCCAACGUCUUAUCCCGAGAGGUUGAACCACUCGCAACACCAACAUCAGCUUCUCUCACCCUCGAAAGCCAACUGGUUUCACCACCUCCGUACCAUGUGUUUUCUCGUACUCGCAAAUUGCAGAUCGUGUACAUCGUCUCGGCAGCUGCAAUAUUCUCUCCUCUCUCUUCAAACAUAUACUUUCCAGCAUUGGGGGCUAUCUCAAAGAGCAUUGGCGUGUCCAUGUCCCUAGUUACCUUGACGGUUACCGUGUACAUGAUAGUCCAAGGACUUGCCCCGAGUUUCUGGGGUUCGUUGUCGGAUGUGCUUGGUCGGCGCCUGAUUUUCAUAGGAACUUUGAUCGUCUAUAUCAUUGCGAACAUCGCGCUGGGCGUCUCGUCAAACUAUGGAGAGCUCAUGGCUUUUCGGGCUUUGCAGGCCGCCGGCAGUGCGGCAACCAUUUCAAUCGGGGCCGGUGUAAUUGGCGAUAUUACCACGUCAGCCGAAAGAGGCAGUCUUGUUGGAGUAUUCGGCGGAGUCCGCAUGUUGGGACAAGGAAUUGGUCCUGUCAUUGGUGGAAUCCUGUCACAGUAUCUGGGAUUCAGGUCGAUCUUCUGGUUCUUAGCCAUCGUUUCUGGAUUGAGUCUUUUAUCGAUAAUCAUCUUUCUCCCCGAAACUCUACGUCCAAUCGCUGGAGAUGGUACGGUUGUUCUCCAUGGCUACAACAAGCCUCUCAUCUACUAUUUGACAGGACAGAAAGACGCGCUCGAUGGUGCACUUCCCACAACAAAGAGGGCCAAAGUUACCGUUGGCACCAUUUUCGCUCCUCUGACCUUCCUUGGCGAGAAGGAUGUUUUCAUCACUCUCUUUUUCGGCAGUAUUGUGUACACUGUCUGGUCGAUGGUGACGUCUUCUACCUCAGAUCUGUUUGAGUCAUCAUAUGGACUCAAUACACUGCAGGUCGGACUGACCUUUCUCGGAAACGGCUUUGGCUGCAUGUCUGGGUCAUAUACCAUCGGCUACUUAAUGGAUUACAACCAUAAGUUGACAGAGCGCGAAUACGCUGUUAAGUAUAAUAUCCCCACCGAUUGUCAAAUUAGCCUGAAGACUCACCCUGACUUUCCCAUUGAAUACGCUCGCAUGCGCAACACAUGGUGGAUCGUUACAGUGUUCAUUAUGUGUACCGCUGUCUAUGGUGUCUCCCUUCGCACGCAUCUUGCCGUGCCUGUUAUCUUACAGUACAUCAUUGCAUACUGUGCCACAGCUGUGUUUACAAUCAACAGCGCCCUGGUCAUUGAUCUUUAUCCUGGAGCCAGUGCUAGUGCAACAGCUGUCAACAAUCUGAUGCGUUGUCUUGUUGGAGCUGCAGGUGUCGCUGUCGUGCAGCCCAUCAUCGAGGCCAUCUCUGCUACGUGGACAUUUGUCUUGCUCGCCGGUAUUACGCUAUGCAUGGUGCCCUUGUUGGUUAUUGAGAUGAAAUGGGGAGCCGGUUGGCGUCUUGAACGUGCAGAGCGACUGAACGCCAAUGUGAAUUAA